CUAGGCUAUAUAGUGCACUAUUUUUGACUCCUUCAGUAAUGCAUUGUGAACAUAGCCCAGUGCUUGUCAUGGUGUGGCUGUAAACCCCCUCGUUUUCCUCCUCCUUCUCCUGCAGGUUCACAGCGGUGCUGCACUGUUUAGUCUCAGCGGUAAACGCUUCCAGCUCCGGGACUUUUCAGCAGACUGUAGCCAUGCUAGGCGCGUUUAGCCGGGCACAACAGACUGCCAGACCCAGCGGAGGAGACCGGGACAUGACGGAGUUCAUCUGUCCGGUGUGUCUGGAGAUAUUUGACUCUCCGAUGGUCACGGAGUGCGGACACACAUUCUGCCAGAGGUGCCUUCAGGAGUGCCUGCGGCCUCAGAAGCCAGUGUGCGCCGUAUGCAGAGCUGCUCUGGAGAGAUGGACAGAAGCGACAGAUCUGGAGGCCUUAAUCCACACCACAGCCAGACCAUGCAAGGGCUGUGGAGAAGAGGUUGUGUUGUCCAAGAUGAAGGAACAUACAGGGAGUUGCUCCAAAUACCAAGACUACAUCCAAGAAGGUCUGAAGAACGUUGCGAAGAACCAGCCUAAAGUACUCAGCUCAGUGCCGAACCGCUACACAUUCAGCUGCCCUUACUGCAGUCGGCCGAACUUUGACCAAGACGGCCUAGUGGAGCACUGCACUUCCCAGCAUGCCCGGGACCCACGCCCAGUGGUGUGUCCUAUCUGUGCCUCCAUGCCCUGGGGAGACCCGAACUACAAAAGCACAGACUUCUUUCAGCAUAUCCGAAUAAGACACGGCUUCUCUUAUGACACAUUUGUGGAUUACUCUACAGACGAGCAGGCUAUGAUUGACGAGGCCAUUCAGCGCUCUCUCAUGGAUAAGUGAGCUGGAUCGCAUGGAGGACGGGCCACGGAGGCAGGCGUGUUAAACGCCACACAGAUAUCUGGUCGAGUGAAAACAUUUGAAUGUAGCAUGUAAUCUAUUAUGUCUUAUUAUCUUAUUCCAAAAUAUUAUCUAUUUAAUAUUUCAUAUUUAUUUCCAGAUGUAUUUAACUUAUUCUGCGUAAUAAUAUCAAAUGAAAACAUUUGCGUUGGCAGAAAGUAAAAUUAUUUGCAGUUAAUUUCACUUGAUAUUAUUACUUAAAAUAGGUGCAAAAUACGUCUAGAAACAAGCAAUAUAUUAAGACAAUCAGAUUAUUAAAUAUAUUUCUAAAUAUUUAUUUGUAUAAGUAAUCAUAUUAAGAUUAUCACUGUAAGAUUCUCUUUUGUUUCAUUCAAGUAUAAAUAAUGCAAAACUGCCAGAUAACUUCACUCAGUAUCACUACUUGAAUAUGUAUGAAACCUCGCGAAGUUUCUAAGUCUGUAUCGUGAUCACAGCAACCACAUAAUAAGAAAUAUUAGAUAUAUCACUUAAAUUCACAAUAUUUUCACUCAACCAGAUUCAGUGGAAGUCGGGGAUUUCCUCCCCUAAAAUCUAUAAAACAAAAAUAAAUAAAUAAAUAAAGUUAAAGCAUAAAGAAGCAACAGUAAGUUUCAGGGCUAUUUCACUCCAUUAUCACAAGUACUUUGCCUUUAAUAUAUUUAACCAAAGCAGCGUGUGUGAAAAAUAUGAAACAGCUAGCAAAUACUGUAGAAAUAAAAAAAGAUCUAGGUUUAAAAAGAUAAGAUAUUGUGUUGAUGUAUGGAGUGCGAAGUAGUCCGUUCUGUCUGUAAAUGCAUAAAAUCAGACACUUCUAUAACCAUAUUUCCUCUCACUCCUAUAUAAACUGUCUAUAAGGGGAAUUCCACCCGGAUUUUUCAAAUAUUUAUGCUAAUUAAAGGGAUGAGUUGUAAACAAAGUCAUUCAGAGCAGUUAGAUGUGAAACGCUCCGUUCUAGAGAAACUCAAAGAAUGUAGAACUGUUCACACUGGUGGUGACAGGAACCAGACGUCUGACUUUAAAGCCUCACAGAAAGUUAUUACACAAAACGGUAAUGAAUACGCUGCCUGACAUUGUUUUACACUAUUACAUUAUUUAUCACUGUACCAUCAUCAACAUCACACAGAAAACCUCGGAAGACACGUGUAGUGGUUUUGAAAAGUAAAUAAAAUAGCUGUAUUUGUGAUCAAAGGGUUCCUAUCACCACCACUGCAAAGAAGCCUGAAUCAGUAAGUUUCUCUAUAAUGAAUCAUUUCAUUAAAAUCAAACUACUCUGAAUGGCGGUUCACAUCUCACCCACUGACUUUUGAAAACAUUGGUGGAGUUUCCCUUUGAAUUUUCAAACUUGGUGUUGUUAGCGCUUCCUAACUUUAUGAUCUGGUGAAAAUACUGGGUUGUUUAAAGUCCCAAUCAGAAAUCAGUCAGAAAUUGCAGCAGCUGGUUUUAUUGCAUGUGCAGCUAAUGGUUUUCAGAUAACAACAAAUAAACUGGUGGUGUUUGGUAAACUGAUAUAAAAGUGAACAUACAAAAUAAAUAUGUGUCCCAUGAUACUAUGCUUAAAAACAGUGAAGGGCAAACAGUGACCCCACUCCCAGUACGAAUGAAAAUCCACUCCAGCAGAUUGAUCCUGUCAUGUCUGACAAAGUUUAGUAUAACAAAAAAAAAGGCAGCUGAGAUCUGAUUGGUUUAAAGAGCGGAAAUAUUAUUUAAUUAUAGUUUGGAUAACUAUUGUCGCUGUAAAAAAAUAAAAAAAUCAUUUCGUAUGAAAGUUUCUGGGCCAGUAAAUUGGACCAUUAGAAAUGCUCCAAAAUUGCUUGGAGUAAAAUCGUUUUACAUGACUUACAUUAAAAGUUAGUGUUUUUUCCCUCUGUAAAGUUAGUUUUGGAGAUACUAGUUUUUCUUUGGACAGUAAUAAUAUACAACAGCAUUUAUUGUAUUAUUAUUAUUAGUAGUAUUACUUGUUUGAUUCCAUGUAAUUUUCAUACAUUAAUUUACAGUCACAUUGUCUUAUUUACAGUUGUUUGCAAAAGUUUGGACACAUUAUGAGAACAAGUUAAAACAUCCUCUGCAGUGAACACAAUUCUACACAUUUUAAUGCACAAUUGUAUGUAUAUUUGCUGAAUUUCUUUUUCAAUAUGAUAAACUCCUCAAAUAAAUAGAAAGAAAACUUGCAGAAAAAUGCAUAUUUUUAUAUCUGUAGAGGAUGUAUUAACGUAUUUUCACUUCAGCAAAAAAAAUCAGCAAAAGGUACUUUGACUGGGGGUAUUCAAGCAUUUGCAUGCAACUGUAUUGUUUUGUUGUGCCAUUUGACCAAAGUUUGAUCGAUUUGAAACAUUUCAUCUUCUGUGCUCAGAGCAAAGAAACCAUAGGAAUAAAGCAUUUGGGAUGUGGACAUUAAAGGAACAAAUCAUUUAAUAAACUGGAUGAAAAGUUCUCAAUUUCUAUUUUCAACUCCGGUUGAAAAUAGGCUCCCAUUUUAUAAUGUUAUAUUGUUAUUGUCUUGUUAGCACACAGAGGUUCUUCAGUAAAGAGAAUGGUUCUAUUCAGAACCAUGAAUAGUAUACAGAACAGUUUCAUGCCUAAAUGGUUCUUUGCAUGGUGAAAUGGUUCUUCAGAUUGAUGGAGCAUGUGUUGCAUAUGGUUCUAUACAAAAUCUCUAUUUGAAAAUGGUUCUAUGUAGCCCCAAAAAGGCUUAUGUCGUCUCAAUUUUUGGUGCUUUGUUGAACCAUUUUCAAACCAAACUUCUCUGUCAAUAUAACCAUGCAAAGACCAACCAUACAUUUCACCGUGUGAAGAACCAUUUAAGCAUGCAGAUGGUUCUAUGUAGAUGUCAUGGUUCUAACAAGAACCAUCUUUUUUUUUAGAGUGCAUGAUAUAAAUUUCAGUACAUGUCACUGUCCCUUAAAACAGACUGGCUAAAAUGCACACUGUGAGAUUGAAUUGCUGUCUAUCUGUUAUAAAGGCCCAGCUGUUCUGAUGUUCUAGUGAUUUCUGAUUGAGGCCUUUAAACUGAAUUAUGUAAUAAUUAUAACAAAUAAUGCACAUAAUGAAAAAUGCAUUUUCUCUCCAGUGAUGGCCUUUUGAUCAUUGACCACUUUUUUGUAUAUAUGCUGUUCACUCAUCCACUCAUCCACUCAUAUCUGCAUCUGUUUCUACAUCCACUUUAUCUCUUCCUAGUCAUCAGUAGUCUGAGACGGUCAUGAUGCAGCCACUGUUUGUUUCUCUGACUCCUUCUACCACUCUGCCUUUAUCUGAAGCAUAAAGUGAUCAGAAAGUCGGCUCACAACUACGUCAGUUUGUGUGCUUUUUUAGAAACCUGCGUUCGCUGUGUGAGAAUUAAUCUGCUUUUCUUGAAACAGAAUGAAGAAGAAAGAUAGAAAAUGCUAGAGGACAUAAAAACAAUAAUUCAAAUCAAUAAUCCAUUAGUGCUACUCAUUUAUAUCUCUUUAUGGACACCUUUAUGCAUAGAAGGGCUGUGCUUUUGCUUUUGAAUUCAAAUUCUGACCACUAGGGGUCAGUGUUGCUCCGUCUGUUCAUUGUUAUGUCUUGCAUUGUACCUAAACUUGAGCUGGUUGCUCCUGAUGCAGCUGUUAAACGAACUGCUGUUGACUGCUUUAGGAAUCAGGAUACAUCGUGUUCGCCUUUUUCGCUCAUGAUUUAGUUGAUAAAAAGCACCACACUGAGCAUCACUCUUGGAAAUAAAGGUUUCUAAAAUGGU